AUGCGUCUGCCAGCAGGACUGCUGCUUUUCCUGAUUGCCCAGCUCUUCCAAUGCUCGGAGCAAUCCACCUGGCUCGCUUAUGCCCCCAUUAUUGAAGACGUCCCCCAUGGCAAGGUGCCCAUCGGCGUGUUCUGGGACAUCGAGAACUGCCAGGUGCCGCGGGGCAAGUCGGCCACCGCUCUGGUCGGCCGGAUCAGGGAGCUCUUCUUCGGGGGCCACGUGGAGGCAGAGUUCCUGUGUGUCUGCGACAUCCGCAAAGAGCUACCCGAGGUCGUGCACGAACUCAACCUGGCCCAGGUCACCGUGGUGCACAUCAACGCUGUGAGCAAGAACGCUGCUGAUGACAAGCUCAAGCAGUGCAUGCGGCGGUUCGUUGACAUCCAUGGCAGCCCCGCCACGCUUGUUCUGAUAUCGGGGGACGUCAACUUCUCCACAGACCUGUCGGACUUCCGGCAUCGUCGGCAGAUCCGUGUAUUGCUGCUGCACGGAGGCUCGGCCCCGGAGGCUCUAACCGCGUGUGCUCACGAUUCGUACAGCUUUGUUGAAUUGGCAUCAGAACUGCCCUUCCGCACCUCACGUCGUGAUGGACUCUGUGACAGCCCGUUGGAUGGCGGGUACACCGUCAAAACGGUCACCUUUCUGGCUUUUCUUGAGAUUUGGGAACCCAAAGAAGUCUAA